CACGCGGCUAUACUGCCCAUAUAUGAUACUCUCUUGAGCUCUCUUCUCCACCAGCCUCCAUCAUUACAGAAACAGGCCACAUUCGGCAUAAGGUUAUGGCCGCCGGCGGGAGGCCGUCGUCCACCAUGCGGGCCUUCCAGUACAGCGGCUACGGUGGCGGCGGCGCAGCCCUCAAGUAUGUGCAAGUCCCCGUUCCUUCACUGAAGAAAGAUGAAGUCCUUAUAAAAGUCGAAGCUGCUAGCAUCAAUCCAGCUGAUUGGAAUCUUCAAAGAGGGUUGCUACGUCCUUUUCUCCCGAAAUUUCCGUUUAUUCCAGUAACCGAUAUUUCUGGAGAGAUUGUUGAGGUUGGUUCGGCAGUAUGUGAGCUCAAAGUUGGCGAUAAAGUUGUGUCCAAAUUAAUCUUCUGGAAAGCUGGCGGUCUCGCCGAGUAUGUAGCAGCAUCGGAGAGCGUCACUGUCGCCCGCCCCGCCGGAGUCUCCGCCGCGGACGCCGCAGGGUUGCCUAUCGCGGGCCUCACUGCUCUCCAAGCCCUGAAGUCCAUCGGCACCAGGUUCGACGGCACGGGAACCGGCGCCAACGUGCUAAUCACCGCGGCCUCUGGCGGCAUCGGGGCAUACGCCGUCCAACUUGCCAAGCUCGGGAACCACCACGUCACCGCCACCUGCGGCGCGCGCAACCUGGAGCUCGUGGGCAGCCUCGGCGCCGAAGAGGUCCUCGACUACCAGACACCGGAAGGCUCGGCGCUGAAAAACUCGUCGGGCAAGAAGUACGACUACAUCAUCAACACCACGAACGCCGGCAGGUGGUCAGUGUUCAAGCCGAACCUGAGCAGCCGGGGAAGGGUCGUCGACAUUGCGCCAAACUUUGCAAACUUCAUCGCAUCUAUCCUGACAUUGUUCGGCAGGAAGAAGCUGUCUGUGGUGCUGCUGUCGCUAGGGAAGGACGACCUCAGGUUCCUCCUGGAGCUGGUGAAGGAAGGGAAGCUCAGGACGGUCGUCGACUCGCGGCAUCCGUUCGAGAAGGCAGCGGAGGCGUGGGAAAAGAGCAUGAGCGGCCAUGCUACAGGGAAGGUCAUCGUUGAGAUGUGAAUUUUCCGGUUUGCUUAAGGGUUUGCGCUGUCAUCUUCGUUAAGUAUUUUGUUGCAAGUACUACAGAUUCUUAUGUUGCUUUGUAUGCAUGUUCCAUGUUACCCUGUUUAAUUGUACUGAAAGAUAGCACUCCCAUACUUGGAAAAUUGCUGCCUUGCUGGUGUGCGUUU